GGAAUUGAUAUUUUUCUGUGAUGACAUUCUACGACUAGCAUAUACACGGUAAAGAGCAGCGUCAUACAGAUCCGGAUACUGGCCCUGCAUUCGGACCCAGACCAUUUCAGCCAGAGCCAAACGAAGGCACCGACUGUCCAACCUCAGCUGGCGGCCUGGCAUUUAAGACACGACUGCUCCUAACCAGCCCCGCCACCACCUUAAGUAUCGGGCGUCCGGUUUGCCACGCUGUAGCAGGCUCUCGUCCUGUCAUCAUCCCCCGCUCUUUCUGCCCAUAUACCCCCACCGUCGUCAUCGGGCCCGAAACCCACCCAUGCCGCCCCUCGACAACACUCAUACCACCAAGAAGGCCCGCGAGGGCUGCCUCUCCGCGCUCGCUCGCGCCCUCUUUCGUUCCCGUGGCUCUGCAGCAUCGGGCAAGAAGAAAGGCAGGGCCAACGAGGAACCCGUUCUGCCCAUCACGCGCGCGCAUCGGCACCACGAGUCGCUUGUCGCACCUGCCCAGAAGAAGAAACAGAAGCAGAAGAAGCAGGAUAAGGGCAAGGACAGGGAGAUCGUGGUCAACGUCCGAACGCGCGAUCAUCUGGGGAGGGCGGAGCAUGGGGAGGCUGGUGCUGCCGCCUCGUUGCAGCAGGAGGUGGCGGAAAGACUCGGGAAACGCAAGUACUCCCCGCCGCCGAUGCUCACGCUCUCCGAGUCCAUUCUCGACAUCCGCGCGGCUCCGGACACCGCUACCACCGCCAACACCGGAAGCAGCGGCGAUGACUUGUCCAUGCGCCCCAUACCGCAGACUCUUUCUCCCGAGCAGAUGGGCUCUGACGACAUGCAUGCCGUGGAUCCGGGAGUGAGCAUCGACGCACAGCGCCCGCCCAGGUCGCCUGCGCCAUCGACCGACUUCCUCGAGCUCUCAAGCUCGAUCGUCAUGGUCUCCCCGCCCAGCAUGGGCCGUCCGCGCGUGAGCGCUCCCAUGUCGCCCAUGGGAGUAAUCGAGCGCACGCCUGGGCCGAUUCUCGCUGGACUCGACCGGGACGAGAGGAAGGAGAGUGAUCCGGAGGGCCUCCCCGCGUUUGGGUUCGCGCCGCAUAUCAGCUUGCCGUCGGGGAUGUUCAAGGUUGGCUCGCUCGACUCUCCUGUGGACGGUGGCGUCGGCACGGGUUUUGGCGGUGAUGAGGAUACCGCGCCCGCUCCUACUUCUGGCCUUGAUCCUACGGAGGCUGACAACGCGCCCUUCCAUCCCGCAUCCACCACUGCUCCGUUGCCCAUACCUUCACAGCCAGCCAGCGACCACACCUUCCACCCCAUCGUAACUCCGCCCUCCCCCUCCCCGCUCGGGCGCAACACCCGCGCACUAAACUCCACACCCACGGCCAUCCGCCCAUCAGGCGCAGACCUCCUAGGCCACAAAGAAAACAAAGAAAAGUCCUCCUCGCUGCAGCUCCAAAAAGCCUUCCUGCACGGCCUGACGCAGCUCCACGCGCGCCGCUCGACGCUCGACCUCGACACGCGCCGGCUCGGGAUCGACCCAGGCAGUAUCGGGUUCGGGUCUUUCGGCUCGGGCGCACUGUACCCCGCGUCGUGCGCGAGCAAGUACGGGCUCGCGGACGAGAGCGCCAUUGUCGAGUCGCCACAAGCUCAGCCUCCGAGUAUCGUUGAGAUCAGGAUCGCUGAAGACGAUGAGGGAGGCGAUGGGGAUGAUGUGGAUUUCUCGACGCUGCCGUCGCCGUGGAGCCCGCUGUCGCUCGUCGGCGUGCAGCAUACGCCGCAGGGGCCGCAGGGGCUGCUGCACCUCCAUCAUGGAAGCUCGAGCCGCGCGAGUCGGGUGUGGGCGGAGGAGUCCGUGCCUGCGACUGAGCGUGGCUCGGAGCGCAAGGGUCUCUUUGGGGCAAGCGGGGACGGGAGCGUCGUUUCGCCGCCGAAUUCCUUCAACACCUCCAACGGGUCAUAUUUAUCGUUCCAGCUGCGCGUUGAGGAUCCUGAGCCCGAGCCGGACGACGAGGUCGAAGACGAGUCCGUGGACGCGCAUACACCCCAAAUCGGCGAGCGGAACAUGGCGGACGCUGCGUCUCGUUCGUUCGGGCUCGGCUUCGCGAUGUACGACUCCGUCGUCGAAGCUGCUGUCGCGUACGAGCGGAGCCUGGCUGCCAUGGACGAGGCAUUAGAGACCUCCACCACCGACGAGAUUCUCGCUGCACCGGUUUCUUUGGAGGCUAUGGCCACUGACGAUAAGGAUGCCACUGCUCCUACGUUGGAGCCAGCCACAAGCACGAUCACGAUCCCUGAAUACUAUUCUCCCUCUGCGUUUGCCCAUUCACCGACGGAGGCGUCACUCCCUGCUUCCUCCAACCUUGAGGCUAAACCCGACGCCUCUAUAGUGUCGCCAUUGCUUUCCGGAGAGAAAACGCCAAGGGUCCAGGAUGGAAACGUCCGCAGGACCGACGCUUGGACGCCGAAGCACAACCUAGCAAACGCCGCCGUUUACCACGCCAAUGGACAGGAGUCGGCGACUCUGAACGAUGGGUCUUCAUAUACCGCAUCGGAGGGUAUGGAGGGAGAAGGCAAAGCGGGCAUGGGGGAACUGACGACCGGGGUUACAACUUCCAAGGCUUCUCUGGUAAGACCUGUGUCUGAAAAGAAAGGUGGAUACAAGGAGGGAUUCGUUGAGGUCCAGGAGCUAUGCUAG